CCCCUCCAUCUCUUCCUUCCCUCCUUCUUCCACUCCACCACGCUCGCUCAGGCAGACAAAAAAUCAAUCAAUCGAUCAUCUCAAACAGAUCAUCAACUCACCGUCAAAGCCAAAAGCCAAGUCAAAUUCUUCUCACCUCAAAAAAAACUUCACCAUGCGCUUCUCACUCGCCCUCAUCGCUGCCGUCGCAGCAGCAACCUCCGUCGCCGCCCAGGACGUCGCGAGCAUCGUGUCCCAGAUCCCCUCGUGCGCGCUGACCUGCAUCGCCACCGCAUCCGCGGGACAGAACUGCGCCAUCACCGACUAUGCGUGCCAGUGCGGCAAGAUGUCUGCUAUCCAGACUUCGGCUACUCCUUGUGUCACCACCAAGUGCCAGGCUGCUGAUGCUAUUAAGGUCCUCUCCCUAACCGGCGAGCUCUGCAAAGUAGUCGGCUCUGGCUCCGGCUCCUCCUCCGCCGCAGCCGGCGGCGCAGUCACCACCCAAGCAGCAGGCGGUGCCGCAACCCCCACCACCCUCGUCACCGCGCCCUCCUCCGCCGACGAGGGAUCGUUCGGCGGUUCCUCCUUCCCCCCUACCUCUGCCGCCACCUCCGCCGCUGCCACAUCCGCCGCUGCCACCUCCGCCGUUGCCACCACCACCGGCGCCGCCGCCGGCACCAGCAGCGGAGCUCCACAGCAGGAGCCAACGGGCGCGUUCACCCAGACCCCGGCGCCGAAUGCGAGUGGUGCGGCUAGCAGGAUGGGAGGCAGCGGUGCGGCGGCGGCUGUUAUGGCUGUUGCGGCUAUGCUGUUGUAAGGAGCGGUCUGUUAGUGUUGGACUGCUUGGUGAGAAAGUCAGUGGAUGGGUGAUCUUGAGUGCGCGUUCGGGUUGCGCUUUCAGGAGUGCCUCAUCAGCGCGUCUCAGGUGAACUUUGUGAGUUGAACGGGGACGAAAGAAGGGGAAGAAGGGUGGAGGAGGUAAUUACGCGGAUGGAAGGGAGAAAAACCGAUAAAUUGGACCUGAUCUGAUUUUCGGAAGGGGUAGAAGCACGAGAGAGGCAACAUCAUACCAUUGUGUGUGUGCGUGUGCAAGUGGAUGG